GGGAAAGGGGGUGGCUGGGCUGGAUCUCUGCCCUUCCCUGGGCAGUGGGAUGUCCGACUGCACUUUGAACCCUGGAGGGAGGCUGGGCGGAGGCUGCUGGCUCUCUGCCCACCCCUGACACUCGAGCGGAGACAGAACCGGCUCCAAAGCACCUCUCGCCGUGUUCCCUGUGGGAUAGAGAGUGGGAGUCUGUGGAGCAGGAUGAGGCACCUGCUCUGGGCUGGCUGCUUCCAGCUGCUGCCCUGGCAAGCUGGACCCUGCACUCGCAAGCUGACGACUGCAGUGACCAGUGCAGUGGCUACCUCACACUGCGGGCCGUGGCUCCUGGCUCCUCUGGCCGCCUCCAGCUGCUCACCCGGUGUGUCCAAGGGCUUCCUCCAGCCCCCGAUCCUGGGGAGCAGGGCCCCUUGCUGCUGGGGCUCACAGUUCAACGUGCCUCCCAGUGCCCUGCUCGUGGCCCGGCCCGUGGGGGUCUGCUCCAUGAUGAGACUCCCCGUGCAGGCGUCGGCGCGGGGACUGGACGCGGCGUUUGUCGGUGUCCCGCUGGAUACCGGUACAUCCAACCGGCCGGGGGCCAGGUUCGGCCCACGUCAGAUCCGCGCGGAGUCGGCCAUGGUGAGGAGGUACAACGGCAGCACCGGGGCAGCGCCUUUCGACUCCCUGCGGGUCGCUGACAUCGGGGACGUGAGCGUGAACCUCUACAACCUGCCCGACAGCUGCCGCCUCAUCCGAGAGUCCUACCAGGAGAUCGUGGCCUCUGGCUGUGUGCCCCUCACCUUGGGUGGAGAGCACACCAUAACGUACCCAAUCCUGCAGGCCCUGGCAGCAAAACACGGCCCCGUGGGCCUGGUGCACGUGGACGCUCACACGGACACCGGGGACACGGCGCUGGGGGAGAGGAUCUACCACGGGUCCCCGUUCCGGCGCUGUGUGCAGGAGGAGCUGCUGGACCGCAGCCGCGUGGUGCAGAUCGGCAUCCGAGGCUCCUCCUACGACCCCGAUCCCUACGAGUACAGCCGGCAACAGGGUUUCCGGGUUGUCCCAGCUGAGGAGUGCUGGAUGAAGUCCCUGGAGCCGCUGAUGGGGGAGGUGAGGGCACAGAUGGGGGACAGGCCCACGUACAUCAGCUUCGACAUCGAUGGAUUAGACCCCGCGUAUGCCCCGGGCACCGGCACCCCGGAGAUAGCUGGGCUCACACCUGCACAGGCUUUGGAGAUUAUUCGUGGCUGCAAAGGCCUGAACAUAGUGGGGUGUGACCUUGUGGAAGUCGCACCAAUGUACGACGUCUCUGGUAACACAGCCCUCCUGGGUGCAAACCUACUGUUUGAGAUGCUGUGUGUUCUCCCAGGAGUGAGGACACUGCGAGGGUAGUUCCUGCCUGCUCCAGGACAACGCUGCUCCAUGUCCCCAGCCAGGCUUUCCAUGUCCCUUUCCCCUCAUCCAGCUGCAGCCAAUGUGGGCUUUGCAGCACAGAAUAAAUGCCAUUUUCCACCAGUAAAGGUAAUUUUAAGCUGAGAAGCUGUAGGGAGCAGAUGGGUUUGAACACCCCAUUUAACUGGGGUCUGGAGCUUUGAAAUUGGUCUGGUAAAGGGACAGAUGAGGCUAAUAGUGUUUGGCCUCUGGAAUUACUCACCCAGCUCACAGGGGUCCUGGCAAAACUCACUGGUAAAGGGUUUCUUCCAUUAGGAUGUGGCAGCAAGACAAUGACUAUAGAGGAAGGGAGGGCAGCAAAGUGCAUCUGGGGAUCCUGCUGAGCACAGGGGGAUGUUUGACUGAAGUUCCUGCUGGUGGAAUCACCAGGAGUUUCCUAUGGCAGAAGUGGUUUAAUCACUCCUGGAAUUUCUGAGCUGGCGUGGAGGUGAGGUUAGUUUGCACAUGGAAACACAAAGCCACUUCAUCACACAUUAAAAUAAGUUUAUUUUGGUUGCGAACCUGUAAUUGUCUUAAAACAAAAUGACGUAAGUGCCUGUUCACAAAUACAAAACCAAAACAAACCAAAACAAA